AUGAGACAAACACCUAUAAGAUUGCUCCUGAGAGCUUCACGGCCUCGAAUUCCAGCUCAGUCAUUUGUGAGUCAGUCCCGGCUCACAAACAUCACACCUCGUAGACACGCCUCAGCCUCCAACAGCCCGUCAACGUCAACUUGGGGAUCACGGCUGCUCAAUGUUGCUUAUGGGGCUACGCUGGUGCUGGGCUUGGGGAUUGUCUAUGUCUACGUGACGGACACGAGAGCAAGUGCGCAUCGUUAUAUUGUCGUUCCCGCCCUCAGAUUGAUAUAUCGGGAUCCGGAAGAAGCUCACCGGGUUGGAAAUCAAGCCUUGAAGACUCUCUGGGACCUCGGCCUGUACCCGCGAGAACGUGGCAGAGGGGAUGAACAACGGGACUUGGCGGUCGAGGUCUUUGGACGUACCCUCAAAAAUCCUAUAGCAACAUCCGCCGGUAUUGACAAACAUGCUGAUAUACCCGAUGCACUCUUCGCAAUCGGCCCAGCCAUUGUCGAGAUCGGAGGCACUACACCACUACCACAAGAGGGCAAUCCAAAACCUCGCGUCUUCCGCCUCCCUUCUCAAGAAGCCAUGAUCAACAGGUACGGUUUGAAUUCGCAGGGUGCUGACCAUGUGGCCUCGAGGUUGCGAACCCGGGUCAGGAAGUUCGCUCAUUCUCUCGGCCUAGGCAAUGACGAGGUGGCAGAAAAGGCCGUGUUGGAUGGUAUCGCCGGCGUGCCUCCGGGGAGCUUGACUCCAGGGAAACUCCUCGCAGUCAACAUUGCCAAGAACAAGGUAACUCCGGAGGAUGAUGUCGAGGCCGUGACGAAUGACUAUGUGUAUUGCGUGGAGAAACUGGGGCCUUAUGCCGACAUCUUGGUUGUCAAUGUUUCCAGUCCCAACACUCCUGGACUUCGCUCGCUGCAGCAAACGGAUAAGCUCCAGACUAUUCUGAACGGCGUGGUCAAGGCGGCUCAGAACGUGGACCGGAGAACGAAACCUGCCGUCAUGGUCAAAGUGAGUCCCGACGAAGAUUCUGACGCCCAAGUUGCCGGAAUUUGCGAUGCGGUCUGGGCUGCCGGCGUAGAUGGGGUCAUUGUGGGAAAUACCACCAACCGACGACCGAACCCGCUCCCUCAUCUGGGUCAAUGGACUCCAAUCGAAGAGCAGCACCUGCUUGAAAAGGGCGGCUUCUCUGGGCCUCAUCUAUUUGACCGGACAGUCGCGCUAGUCGAGAAAUACAAGAAACUGUUGGUGGAGCCGCCGCCUUCUGUGGAGCCUCCACAGAGACGAAAGGGGGCCCUGGAUGCAGAGACGAAGAAAAUCAAGGCUGAGCUCGAUUCCAAAUCAUCAGAUGCACCACCAACACCAGCCCCAGAGCCGGACUUUGUUGCCGCCUCGGUGGAAACCGGUGCCAUUCCUGGCAUGCCCCCCCAAAAUGAUUCCUCGUCCGUCGACGCCUCACAACAAGCUACCAGUGCAGAGCCAACAGCAGUACCGGCGUCCGGCACUGUUAGCGCAUCGGUGGACACUGGAGUGAUUCCUCCCGUCAAUCCGACACCAAAUGCAUCUGCUUCGGACAAACAACCUCUUAUUGAUCCACCUCAGGAGCGCUUCUAUGACAAGUCUGAAGCGGGGCACGAUGGAGAGGACGGCAAUGGCAAUGCUACGAAGAGUCCUGCUUCGCAGUCUACCGAGGAGGCAACUUCUUCAGUUGCGGCCCAAGAAGCGUUGACCAGACUGCCCUCCCAAGCACAGCAAGACGCCACGGACAAGCUAGAAGCAGAAACUCAGACGAGCUACUCUGAUCAACCGAAAGUGAUUUUUGCCACUGGAGGGAUCACAAAUGGCAAACAAGCCUUGGAGGUUCUCAAUGCAGGUGCUAGUGUUGCCAUGGUCUAUACGGCUCUGGUCUACGGAGGUGCUGGCACAAUCACCCGAAUGAAGGAUGAGAUGCGAGCCGAAAUCAGACGCCAGGAUAACGAGAAGCGCCAAGGAAACCAAAAGUGAUUUGUACUAUGGCCAGGUCUCGUUUUAUGCCAAAAGAGUGGGCCCAAUAGAUUACAGACUAGCCUUUUACGGUCAGUAAAUACGAAAACAUAAUAUUUGGGCAGCGCCUAC